UUUUGGCCCUAGUUGAUUUUGUUUGAUAUUUGAUUUUGACGUGUAACCUCUUAUUUCUUGUAUUUACAAAAGUAACUUUAAUUUUCUCUCGAAUACUUUGCUCAAAAUGUCUAGCGGUCAAUGGGAAGUCGUAGGUAAAAAUAAGAAGUCUCAGAACGGAAAGUUAAAAUCCAAGGAGGAUGAGAAAAAAGCUUUGAAAAAUGGACCUAAACUUGAGGACGUCGUUCCUCAUUCUCAAAUUAAAUCAUUAUACGCAGGAAUGGAUGUUGAUGGCGAAAAAAAAUCGGCGAAAGAGAAAAAAAACAGUGACAAGAAAGGAAAAAAACAAGAGAAGAAAGUUGAACCGCCCAAACCAAAAAUCCCUAAAACCAUUGAAGGUGCUCUAGAAGCCAUUGACGUAACCGAGCUGGCCAGUAUCAUUACAUCGAAUAAGGUACGCUUCUCAAAUGCGCCCUUAGUCUGGCUUAAGGAAGUCGCAAACUUUUUGAACAGCAAAAUUCCAAUUGAAGUUGAAGAUCCAACUUUUACAAUCUAUCCUGCAACAUACCCUCUAUCUGAAACACCAGAUGAGCUGAAGAGAACACUUUCAAGUGUUCUUCAAGAUGCUGGAAAGGCAAAUGUGCAGUUAUUCUUUGAUGGCACUCUUACAGCUCUUGCCAAUGACUUGAGUAGAGGUCUACAUGCCAAUGGUCACAGAUUACUGCUUCAGAUGCUAGCUCAAGAUAACCCCGAGUUUUGUAUUGCAUCCCUCCAGAAGUAUGGAAGUUUAAGAAACUCGUACCAGAAUCGACCCCCUAUAGGAAUGUCUCUACUGUGGGCAUUUGGACAAGGUGGUCUGAAAGACUUCACGGUGGGAUUGAAAGUUUGGCAGGAAAUCUUUUUACCGGUACUCGAAUUGAAGAACUAUACGAAAUACGUAAUAGGAUAUCUUUCGAAGAUAAUCGAUCAUCAUUCCGAGAUGAAUACGAUUAAUGUUAACCAGGAUCAAUUCUUUUCUAUGAUUGACUUAAUAAACACUAAGAAGAAUGGUUUGUCGAAAGAAUUUUCUGGUGACCUAAUCAAACAAUUAAGUAAAUAUAAGGACAUUUAUUUCAAGAAGAGCGGCAACAAAUUACAAGUUACGUUCAAUCAGCUGAUGAAGAAACUCCCCAACCAGUACCUAAGCGGUUCGGCCUUGGAUCCGUACAACAAAGUGAUCAUCGAAAGUCUAGUCGACUGUCUGUCUAAAGACGACUCUUGUAACGCCACGUGGCGUCAACUCUUCCACAGGUGCAGUAAGCAGUCUGCCUCACUCCUCGAUUUCAUAGAUUCAAAUUGGUUGGAAGUAAGUAAAAAAUUGAAAUUAAAAUCUCUAAAAGCAACGGUGCUACAAUAUAAAGAAGUGAGCGGAGAAGCUCUUAAGGGCAAGAAAAAGGAUGAAGUUCUAGUAAAAACAACGAAGAUAUGCCAGGAUAUUCUAGACAGAAUGACGAGCACUAGAAGAAAUCCCUGGUUGUGGGCCAGCUUUGUUCUGCUGGUCAGCAUUGCUGGUCUGGUAGCUUAUGACGUGUCUCGGGCUGGAGGAAACUUCCCUAAGAGUACAACGGGAAAGCUGUUCAAAGAUUUGGGCAUUCUUGAGCAUAGUCAACAGGCUUGGCAGAAGACACUGUCCACCUCUGCUCGCGGUUACCUAUGGCUUGAAACCAAUGCACCGGUUUACUACGCACAAACUGUUGAAAUAUGUCGUCCAUAUACACAACUGUCUAAGGACGCAUUCUUCAUAGCAUUAAAGAAAGCUGGUAUUCUGUAUGGAAAUGUCCAAGACUAUGUGGUGGAGAAAACGCCUGUCGUUAUUAAAACCAUUGAAGAGUAUGCUCCUGGUCUUGUAGACAACGUUCAGAGCUAUGCAUCUAUGGCCUGGAGCGGACUCAAAAAGUACUCUAGCGAUUAUUAUCAAAUCACAACUGACUAUUUGGUUACUAAAGUUUUUGUUGGUGAUUGGGCCCCAGAGGUACUUCAGAAUAAAACGCAGUCAGCUCUGAAUAUGACAAAGUCCCAAGUUUCAUCAUAUUAUGUAUGGUUCCGGCAACAGGUUCACAUAUACUCAGAGAUACCUUGAACUUGAUGUUAGUUCAAAAUUAGAGAUUAUUGUAGCCUUGUGAGUAGAUGACUGGUUUCUAUUAUCCUGUAUUUGUUUUUAAUCAAACUUCAGUAUUGUAGAUCCUAUGUAAUUCUUCCUAACAUUGAACAAUAACAUAAUAACAUUUAAAGGUUUAUUUCGAGAACCAUUUCUUUUUAAUAAUUUGUCUUUUAACAAGUACUUUUCAAAUAUUUUACAGACAGAAAAAUUUAUCUGAAAAAAUUAUUUAUGCUAUUCAAGGAACAGUCUUCUACCCACAAGUAUGUUAUUAUUUUUUGUUUUUACAAAUUUUAAACAAACUGUACGUACAAUAAUCUUCCAAAACUAGAAGAAAAAAAAACCGAAUACAACGAAUGAAUCUAUUAAUUGUUUUAAAACUCCACUCGUUCUCAAAAUGAUUUGUAUAUGUCUACAUUUUUAUUCUAAUAAUAUCCAUGACAACUAUUCUGAACUAAAACCACUAUUGGUACAUUCCUGUUUGAAGCAUUUUAAAAAAAAUACGACUGAAAUCAUUUAUUUAUAGAUAAAUCACAUAACUUAGUUACCGAUUGUUAUUAUUGCUGAAGAUUUGUUCGAUUUUCUGUCGAGUUCAAUCAAUUAAUUUCCUUUUUUUUAUAUAGUUUUGAAUGUUUAAAAUGCAAGGAUGAACUUUGAGAAUAAUUGUUAUUGAUUGUCGUAUGGAAGUAAAGUUUUUUUUUUUUUAUAUAUUAGAAUGGAUGAAAAAGUCAAUUUUUACCCGACAAUAAUCGAACAGGUCGAUGAUGUGCAUCUAAUUCAUACACAUUAUUUUAUAGUUUGUUUUAAUGAAAUGUUAGAGCAAUAAGUUUUGUAGGAUAUUUAUUUUGUGGAAGGAAGAUCGUGUGUGUUUGAAUAUAUUAUUAAAUUCUACAUUGUU